CGCAGGCCCACCGAGCUCAGGUUUAUUCCCGAGAUUUCUCCAAACUUCGGUACUUCCGGUAUAUCGGCGCCCCAGUUUGCGCUCCGGGAUCUUGGCUUGAUUGUCCCUGAGCCUAUGUAGAUGGACUAGAGCCUGGCCUUUCCCGCUGAGCCGUCUGAUUCACCCCGAGUUGGACAUGCACGGGAAGCUGCUGCUGCUGGCCGGCCUCUAUCUUGUGCAGGGUCUGCCCUACGGACUGCAGUCCAGCUUGCUGCCCAUUUUACUGCGGGCCCAUGGCCUCUCCCUGACACGUGUGGGCCUGACCAAGGGAUUGUAUGCACCAUGGCUGUUCAAACUGGCGUGGGCGCCACUGGUGGACAGGCGGGGCUCCCCUCGGGUCUGGUUAACACUUAGCACAGUGUCCCUGGGUCUGGUGUGUGGGCUGCUGGCCGUGUUCCCUCCCCCGCAAGCUGGCCAGACAGGGCUCCCCACCAUCAUGAUGGGGCUGCUACUGCUGCUGAAUCUGGGUGCAGCAGUGCAGGACGUAGCUCUGGACACGGUCGCUGUGCAGCUCCUGGAGGCAAAGGAGCUGGGGCCUGGCAACACGGUACAGGUGGUGGCGUACAAGCUGGGGUCAGCAUUGGCUGGGGGCGGGCUCUUGGUCCUCUUCCCCACCCUCUCUUGGCCACUGCUUUUUCUGCUCUUAGCUGCCACCUACUGGCUGGCUGCUGCCUUAGCCUGGGCUGCACCAGCUUUGGGACAGCUGCCUCGGCCUCAGGUCUCAGAACAAAACACCCACACGUCCUAUUUUCUACAAGAUUUGCUGGCUGUGCCUGGGACCCUCUGGACAGCAGGCUUUGUUCUCACCUACAAGCUGGGUGAGCAGGGUGCAGGCAGCCUGUUUCCACUUCUCCUACUGGACCAUGGUGUUUCUGCCUCAGACUUGGGGCUAUGGAGUGGCUUGGGUGCUAUGACCUGCUCCAUUGCUGGCUCCUCUCUAGGGGGAGCUCUACUGGCCAGGCACUGGCAGCCUCUCUCCCUGUUGAAGUCAGUGCUGCAGCUACGCCUGGAGAGUUUGGCCUGCCAGACGGCUCUGCUUUUCUACCUCAGUACCCCAGGGGCCACUCUGGAGCCCGGUACAAUCAUGAGAGGGGCAGCUUUGCUGAGCCUGUGUCUACAGCAGUUUCUGGGCGGUGUGGUCACCACGGCCACAUUCACCGUGAUGAUGCACUGUAGCCAGUUGGCACCCAGGGCCCGGCAGGCCACACACUACAGCCUCCUGGCCACUCUGGAACUGCUGGGCAAGCUACUACCGGGGACCCUGGCUGGAGUGCUGGCUGAUGGCCUGGGCCCACGCCUCUGCUUUGCUGCCUUCCUCGUACUCUCGGGUCUGCCCAUUCUGGAUCUCAGCCUGGCACCCAGUAACCUGACCUGAGCUGCCAUGUAUGGCCUGGAUGGCUGGAACACACGAGAUGUAGCCGUCCUCAAACUGAGGACUCUGUUGCCAGAAAGGACAUAAAAUUGCUUUUUAUUUGCACUUUG